UUAUGUUGAAAUUGGUGACUUGCUAAUUAUUUGUUUUUUUCUGAUUGAAUUAAGUAUAAAGUGGAAUUGAAAUGUCGUUUUAUUGAUUUUAUUAAACAGUUGUGUGUAAAUUGACUCAGCAUUUUUUUAUUAUUAUUUUUUGUACAAUAAAAUUAUCAGAAUUGCGUGUGUGUGUAGGAGAGAGAGUACUUGUAAAUAAUUGCUUGUAAAUUUUUUUAAUCACGUGUCGAUUGACCACCAUCAUCAAUCAGGGUUAACCAAUGACAAAAAAGUUGGUCAGAAAUUGUCUCUAUCAGUUGACUCCGAUAACUCGUUGUCUAACUUGUGUUGUUUUAUUUUUUUAUAUUUUUUUUUAAUUUUAUUUAUUUAAUUUAUUUAUAAAACAAACAGCUAUUAUUUAAUAAUAAUUAUUUAUGUUUGUUUAAACAAGAUAACACAUCAACAACAGAGAUGCAAAUUGUGAUUCUUGAUUGCAAGUGGAUUUUAUGAGCAACAAAAAUGGAUGCUAAAUCAAAUAUAGAAAAGAAAAAAAAUCCAAGAGAAGGUGCUAAUAUACUGAGUGCCCUAACAUUCACAUGGGUGUUGAAUACAUUUUGGGUUGGUUAUAAAAGAGAUUUAGAAAUUGAUGAUCUCACAAGACCACUGAAGGAACACAAGAGCAGUGUGUUGGGUGAAAAAAUAUCAUCAGCAUGGGAGGAAGAAGUGAGACGUUUCAAUAAAAUUAAUCAAAAGAAAAAACAUUCAAAAGCAACACCAAGUUUAAAUAGAGUACUUAUCAAAGUUUUUGGUGCUAGAGUUGCACUUUAUGGUGUUGCAUUAGCAAUAAUGGAAAUUUUAUUGAGGGUGUUGCAGCCACUUGCAUUGGGUAAGCUUUUGUCUUACUAUUCAAAGUCAGGCAGUGGCAAAAAAAUGACAGAAACAGAUGCAUAUUUGUAUGCAGGAGCAGUGAUAAUGUGUUCAGCUGUUAAUAUAUUUGUUGUUCAUCCUUACAUGAUGGCUAUUCUUCAUAUGGGAAUGAAAAUGAGAGUAGCAUGUUGCUCAUUGAUUUAUAGAAAAUCAUUAAAGUUAUCAAGAACAGCACUUGGUGAGACAACAAUUGGUCAAGCUGUUAAUCUUCUUUCAAAUGAUGUCAGUAGAUUUGAUGCUGCAAUAAUAUUUUUACAUUAUCUUUGGAUUGGUCCACUUGAGACAAUUAUUGUUACUUACUUUAUGUAUCUUGAAGUUGGAUGGGCUGCUGUUAUUGGUGUUGGUUCACUUUUAUUAUUCAUACCAUUACAAGCAUGGCUUGGUAAAAAAUCAUCAACUCUUCGUUUAAAAACAGCAAUUAGAACUGAUGAACGUGUUAGACUUACCAAUGAAAUAAUAAGUGGUAUUCAAGCAAUUAAAAUGUAUACAUGGGAACAUCCAUUUAGUCAUUUAAUUGAAAAAGCAAGAAGAAAAGAAAUUAAUGUUAUUCGAUCAACUUCUUAUAUUCGUGGUGUUGUUAUGUCAUUUAUUAUGUUUACAACAAGAUUAUCAAUAUUUAUAACAAUAUUAGCAAUUGUACUUAUGAAAAAAAAUCCAGAAGAUGAAGAUAAAACAAAUAAUGAUGGAAUAACAGCUGAAAAAGUAUUUAUGCUAACAGCUUAUUAUAAUAUUUUACGUCAAACAAUGACUGUAUUUUUUCCUCAAGGAAUAACACAAAUGGCUGAAGCUGCUGUGUCAAUAAAACGUCUACAAGAUUUCAUGAUGUAUGAAGAAAUUGGCUCACAAAAAUCAAGACAUCCACAUUUUUCAACAACUUAUCAUCAAGAAACAUUAACAGUAAAUAAUUUGAAUGAAAAAGAAGAGAAAAAAAUUAAUCAUUCAAAUGAUAAUGAGGGUUCAGUGACAAUUGAUAAAGCACAUGCAAGAUGGAUAGCUGAAAAUAGUGAAGAUACAUUGAGUGAUUUGAGUAUGACAGUAAAGCCAGGACAACUGAUAGCUGUUGUUGGUCAAGUUGGUUCUGGUAAAUCAAGUUUAUUAAAUGUUAUAUUAAAAGAGCUGGCUGUCUAUCAGGGAAGUGUUGAUGUCCAGGGUAAUAUUGCAUAUGCAUGUCAAGAGCCAUGGUUGUUUGCUGGUUCAGUGAGAAAUAAUAUUCUCUUUGGUCGAGCCUUUGAUCAAAAAAGAUAUGAACGAGUUGUCAAAGUGUGCCAGCUAAAACGAGACUUUCAAUUGUUUCCCUAUGGUGAUAAAACAAUUGUUGGUGAACGAGGAGUAAGUUUGUCUGGUGGACAACGAGCCAGAAUAAAUCUUGCACGUGCUGUUUAUGCUGAUGCUCCAAUUUAUUUGUUUGAUGAUCCACUGAGUGCUGUUGAUGCUCAUGUUGGCAAACACAUGUUUGAAGAAUGCAUUGAAAAAUAUCUCAAGGGAAAAACAAGGAUACUUGUGACUCAUCAGAUACAAUUCUUACGAAAUGUUGAUAAAAUUAUUGUUAUGAAGGAAGGUAAAAUAGAAGCUGAGGGUAGUUAUGAUGAGUUAACAUCAAGGGGUAUUGAUUUUGGAAGUUUGUCUGUACCUCCACCAAAAGAUAAUGAUACAGCAUCACUAGCUGCUAGUCAUAGUAAUUCAAGACAUACUAGUUUUAGUUCUCUAAAUUCUGUGUUGACAAAUGGAACGUUAAAUGAUAAUCAAAUUGAACCUGAUGAAGUUGCUGAAAUGCGAACAAAAGGUAGCAUUGGAGCUCAUGUGUAUUCAUCAUAUUUCGGUGCUGGUGGUAAUUUUUGUUUAAUAUUUUUUGUAUUUAUGCUGUGUGCUGGUGCCCAAAUGUUUGCAAGUGGUGGUGAUUAUUUUAUUGCAUAUUGGGUUAAUUUAGAAGAAGAUUAUCCAAAUUCAACAAUGACAGGAUCAGAUAAUUCAGAUAGAUUUAUCUCGAGACAGUGGUGUAUUUAUAUAUUUUCAGCUCUGACAGUUGGUACCAUAACAGUAACACUUGUCAGAUCUUUUGCAUUUUUUGGUAUUUGUAUGAGAGCAUCACAACGACUUCAUGACAAAAUGUUUAGAAGUAUUAGUCGUGCUACGAUGAAAUUUUUUAAUACAAAUUCUUCGGGUAGAGUUUUAAAUAGAUUUUCAAAAGACAUGGGUGCUAUUGAUGAGUUACUGCCAAUGGCAUUGAUUGAUUGUAUUCAAAUUGGUCUUGCUUUGAUUGGUAUUAUCAUUGUUGUUGGUAUGGCCAAUUAUUUAUUGAUGAUUCCUACUUUUAUCAUUGGAAUUAUAUUUUAUCAAUUACGAGUUGUAUAUUUGUCAACAUCAAGAAGUGUCAAGAGACUCGAGGGAAUAACAAGAUCACCAGUAUUUAGUCACUUGAAUGCAACAAUGCAAGGAUUAGCAACUAUCAGAUCAUUUGGUGCUGAUGAAGUUUUAACUAGAGAGUUUGAUCACCAUCAAGAUCUUCAUUCAUCAGCAUGGUACAUUUUUAUUGCAUCAUCAAGAGCAUUUGGUUUUUGGUUGGAUAUUUUUUGUCUAUUGUAUAUUGCAUUAGUUACAAUGAGUUUUUUGGUGUUGCCUGCGAAUGAUGGUGAAGGAACACAAGGUGGUAAUGUUGGUCUUGCAAUAACACAAAGUAUUGGUCUAACUGGAAUGUUUCAAUGGGGAAUGAGACAAAGUGCUGAGCUUGAAAAUCAAAUGACAUCAGUAGAGAGAGUGUGUGAAUAUACAAAUCUUGAAAGUGAACCACCACUUGAAAGUUUACCUGAUAAAAAACCAAAAGAAGAAUGGCCAGAGAGUGGUAAUAUUAAAUUUAAAAAUGUUUACAUGUCAUAUGAUCCCGAGGAAGCUCCAGUAUUAAAAAAUCUCAAUUUUACAAUUGCUGGAAAAGAAAAAGUUGGAAUUGUCGGAAGAACUGGUGCUGGUAAAUCAUCAUUAAUAUCAGCAUUAUUUAGACUGGCAUAUAUUGAUGGUGAAAUUGAAAUUGAUGGAAUUGAAACUGGUGCAAUUGGUCUACAUGAUUUACGAUCGAAAAUAUCAAUUAUUCCACAAGAACCAUUUUUAUUUGCUGGUACAUUGAGAAGAAAUUUAGAUCCAUUUGAUUUGUACAAGGAUCAUUUGCUCUGGUCAGCCCUGGAGGAUGUUGAAUUGAAAGAAAUGGGUCUCCAGGCACACGUCAAUGAGGGAGGCAGUAACUUGAGUGUUGGACAACGACAACUUGUCUGUCUUGCCCGAGCAAUCAUCAGGAAUAAUAGAGUAUUAAUAUUGGAUGAGGCAACUGCCAAUGUUGAUCCAAGAACCGAUGAACUUAUACAAAAAACAAUUCGUAGAAAAUUUGCAGAUUGCACUGUACUUACAAUUGCCCAUCGACUCAAUACAGUUAUGGAUAGUGAUAAAAUUCUCGUGAUGGAUGCUGGAACAGUUGUUGAGUUUGAUCAUCCACAUGCGCUUCUUCAAAACCCUGAUGGUGCACUCACCAGUAUGAUCAAUGAAACUGGUAAAGCUAUGGCUGAUGCACUUAGAAUUGUAGCUCAAGAAAAUCAUAAUCAGCAUCAUCCACGACCAUCAACAACAUCUCUAUAAUCAUGAAUCUUGGAUGGGCUAAAUUUAUUUUUCAUCGUAAUUAUAUUAAAUAAAAGAAUUUACGUGAUAUCAAGGUCAGUAAAGAAAGUGCCUUGACUUAAUCCAAAUCUUAAAUCAAAUACAAUUAUUAUAUUUAUAUUUAAAAAAAAAGUUAUACGAUUAUUUUAGUUUUUAUUAUUACAAUGUUAUAGUAUAUAUUUUACCUUAAUAUCAGAAUCGGUUCUUGAGUUGGAUACAAGUUAAAUUGUCAGCACAAAGAGAAUGCACACGCAGUAUUAUUUUAUAUAUAUUAUUAUUAUAAUUUUUCUAGCGAAUUUUUAAUAAUAACAUGUCCUCAAAUGUCCUGCGUAUUUAUGCAUUAAAAACACUUGAUAAUUAUUCUGAAAAGUACUUAUCUAUUCAAACAUUACAAUAAUAACUUGUUCAAUCAAAAAAAAAAUUAUAUUAUUUUUUUGUUGAUUUUCUUUAUAAUAUCAAAUGUCAAUCAAGUUUUUUUUUAUGUCUUUUCGAGCAAAAAUUGUGACGUUUAUUGUCAAUGAAAUAAUUUUUUAAAUACAAAAAAAAAAAAAAAAAAAGGUGAUAGAAUAAAUAUAUAUAUAUGUUUAGUCAAAUACUGCCCAUGCUUGGAAUUAUGGUGCUAAAUUUUUUAAAUAAAUAAAAUAAGAUAUAAGUAGACAUGUGUUAUUUUCUACUGAAAAAAAUUUAUAUUUGUACUGUAAAAAAAGAAUUCAAAAAAGAAAAAAACUUAUCACUUUAAAUUAUAAUUUAAAAAAAAAAAAAUGUAAAAAUAAUUAUUGAAGUGAUAUUUUUCACACAAGUGCCUAAAUAAAUUUCAAAUAAAAAAAAUUUUAAAUGAAA